AUGGACCGAAUCAGACGAAAAGUGAACCUGCCAUAUAUUUCUUCUAUAACAGCUAACAUCCUAUUCUUCUGCAUGGGUGCCACAGUGACUUGGAUAUCUCCGGUGGCGACGACAAUUGAAAAAAAUAACGGAGUGACGAACGGCAGCGCCAUGUCACAAGAUUUCCUAUCGUCGAUUACCAGCCUUCCUACAGUGGGGGCGGCGAUAAGCGCGUAUUUUUACACGCACAUAGCAGACAAAUUCGGCAGGAAGAUCGCCAUACUCUCCAUCGGCAUGCCGUAUUUGUUAUCUUAUUUCUACAUGAGCAUCAGGAGAACAGUCAGAGCUUAUCUGAUUGCCAGGUUCGUCCUAGGUUUGGCGAUAGGCGGCACUUUCUCGGUGAUUCCCAUUUACGCCGGUGAGAUAUCGAACAAGCACAAUCGAGCCACGCUGAACUCCAUCGGAGGCAUAAUGCUGGCUUCUGGUGGUUUGUUCUCGUAUGUACUCGGCAAUAUGAUAUCGAUCGACAGUUACAAUUUGAUUCUGCUGGCGUUUCCCGCGGUGUUUUUCCCGCUGUUUUCGAUAUUCGGCGAGGAGACGGCCCAUUUUUACAUGUUCAAAAACCAACGCGAUUUGGCCAAACGGGCCAUGAUCCGCCUGAGGGGAUCGGACGAGAACGUAGACACCGAUUUGGAUAACAUACAGAAAAUCAUAACCGAUCAAGCGCAAACGAGCAUGUUGGAGUUCAUCAAGAAGAAAAUGUUCAUAAAGGUCUUCACCUCAGUGGUGGGCUUGUUGAUAUUCCAACAACUGACCGGCAUUAACGCCAUUCUGAUGUUCAACGAGACCAUUUACGAGUUAACCGAGUCGGAAAUCGACUCGACAGUUUGCUGCGUCAUCGUCGGUAUCGUGCAGUUCUUCAGCAGCAUAUUGGUGUUGACCUACGAGGAGCGGUUCGGCAGGAGGACUUUAUUGAUAACAUCGGCCUUCUCCAUGUCGGUGCUGCUGGGGAUUUUGGGCGUGCAUCGCACGCUCGCCCACUUCGGGUACAUCGGUCACUUGCACUUGCUGCCGCUGGUCGUGCUCAGUUUGUUCGUGAUCAGCUACUUCGUCGGGAUCGGGCCGAUCCCGUUCGUCAUCCUGUCGGAGAUCCUGCCGUGGAGGGUGAAAUGCGUUUCGGUGUCGAUCGUAUCGACGAUCUAUUGGAAUGUGGUUUUCGUCAUUGUGAAUUACUUCGCCGAAGUUGAGGAGAGGAUCGGGCUCGGUAUGUGUUUUCUGAGCUUGGCUGUCUUGUGCUUGAUAUCCGUGGCGUUUGUUUAUUUCUUCGUGGAGGAAACGAAAGGAAAGACUUUCGAGGAAAUUCAAGAGAUUUACUAG